AAAAUACUGACAUUUUCGUUGUUCUUGAUGUGCUUUACUUUUAUCAUCUCUCUUUCAGCCCGUUUCUCAAAAUAUGCGGGUGGACCAUCAUCCUGAUGGAGGGCAUUGGUUUGCUGCCGGUCUCUCUCCCAAUAUUACAACUGGGAACAAAGUUCCUGUGCAUGGUAGCCCACAUUUCCAAAUAGUACCACCAGACACAGCUAAUAGUUAUGGCAGUAUGGGAAGCUAUGGUAGCUACAAUGAUAGUACAGGGUUAGGAAGCAGCUAUGGGAGUUAUGGAGAUACAAGUAGUAUGUUUGCAUAUUGUUCACCUGUUGGUCCAUCUGGCAUGAACAUGCAUGUACCAGGAAAUGUGUCAGUACUUGGAAGUAGUCCCGAUGCUAGACGGAGGAUUGUUCAAUAUUCACAUGGAAAUGCACUUGGUGUAAGUCCAUGGGCCGGGAAUUUUAGCUCCAUUAUUUGA